AUGCGGCGCGAGGACGAGGAGGAGGCGCUCCAUGGCCCACGGUUGGCGGGCGACGGCGACGAGGGGGGCGCGGAGGGCGCGUUUGCACCGCAGCUGCGGUUCGACGAGGAUGGCAACAUGGUGGUGGACGAGUCGUCGCUGUCGGUGACGGCGGGGCGCGCGACGCGGCUGCAGCACACGGGGCAGGUGGAGGACGCCGAGCGCCUCGGCGUCACCUCCUCCUCCUACCUCAGCCGCGCGCCGUCGACGUCCUGGUCCGCGGCCGACACGGCCGCCUUCUACGAGGCGCUGCGCGGCCGGCGGCACAGCGGUGAACCAUGGCGUCGAUUUGCGCGGCCCGAGCGCGACCAGCCCGAGGAGCGCGACCAGCCCGAGGCGAUCGAGGCGCUGCUCGCCACGCCGGGCGCAGUCACGCACGAGCAGCUGCAGGCGAUGCUCGCGCCGAAGGCGCCGCCGCCGCUGCCGCCCCCUCGCGCGGAUCCCGCCGGGACCAAGGGCGCCCGCUCCCCGCCGCGCUAG